CCAGGAAAAGGAAAUCUGCAUCCUGAUGGAAAUGGGACACAACCCCCCACCAUGGGCAACGCAGUAAUUCCAUUGUAAAGGUCCAAAAGUCACUGCAAAUAACUACCUGGCUCCUGGUCAAAAACUAUUUGCCCUUUCCACAUCUUGGGGAUCCAAUCUUUUAAUUGCUCCCCCUUGCCAAUGGGAAGCUAAGUUGUCUCAGGAAGUUAAAAUCGAGGCGCAAUAUAGUUUAGCUCGACGCAAGUUCUACCUUUCAUUAAAUUAUCUUUUUUUUUUCACCCCGUUCCUCAAGGCCUCACGGUUGCCUCAGUGCCUGGCAGCCUCACAGGCAUUUAUAACGGGGAGGAGUUUGUGUUUGAGGAGAGCAGCUGGUACAUCGUCAACCUUCUCAAGCUGCUCUGGCACUAUGGGCUCAACCCCCUACGAAUGUACAUGUGGGUGGAGGACAUCCUGGACAAGUUCAUGCGGAUCUAUCGCUACCAGACGCAUGACUACGCCUUCAGCAGUAAUGAGCGCCUGCUUCACGCCCUGGGAGGGAACGACUUCACCCGCAUGCUGAACCAAACCAUCGACGAAGCCAUGCAGAAAGCUGGCUUCUCCCUGAAGUUCAUCAAUGAGGUGGUUUGUCCAGCCAUGAGAGUCAAUUAUGGGCAAGGUGUCAACAUCAACAGUUUCGUAGGUGCCGUUUCUCUGGCAGGGGUGGAAUCGGGCCUUUGGUCUGUAAAAGGGGGGAACAAACUUGUCUGCACUGGCCUUAUUUACGCCUCCAAAGCUGAAGUUAUCCCUGGUACAGUUUUAUCUAUAGAGCCAAAAACCAGACCCAGACCCACAGGGGACCCGGUGAAGCUCUACCAGGUCACGUACAACACUACGUCGGGACUAACGGGGGACACGUACGACAUCGUCGUCAUCGCUGCUCCGCUGGGCCGCAAAAUGGCCGACAUCGCCUUCAAGAACUUCGACCCUCCUGUCCCAGACUUCCCAAACCCGUACCACCAGACCGUCGUGACGUUCGUGCACGGACGAUUAAACGCCUCUUUCUUUGGUUACCGGGAUCCAUCCACCUUUCAUCUCGGUGCCAUCUUCACUACGGAGAAUCCCAAACUGUUCAUCAACAGCCUGGGGGUGGUGUCUCCUGUGGGAGACGUGGGCGGUGAAGGAAAGCUGCCCUUGCAGUCAGCUGUCUGGAAGGUGUUUUCGAAGGAGGUGCUCACCAAAGAGCAGCUUAACUUGCUUUUCUCCUCCUACGACUCAGUCAAAAUGAAGAAGUGGCUGGCGUACCCCCACUACAGCCCCCCAGAAAAAUGUCCUCCCAUCGUCCUCCACGACAACAUCUACUACCUGAACGGCAUUGAGCGGGCCGCCAGCGCCAUGGAGAUGAGCGUCAUCGCGGCCAAAAACACCGCCCUGCUCGCUUACCACCGGUGGUACGGGAACACAGACAGGAUUGACCAGGAAGAUUUGCACGAGAAGCUGAAAACGGAGCUUUGAGCCCCGCAGCCAGGUGCUCACAACGUCCGGUCUGCAGCCUCCGGAGAUGGGCUCGUGUACCGUAGCUGUUGAGCCACAAUUAGAGCUAACAAACGAGGAAUUCAUUGCUUGGCUGCUGAGGAGACACCCGGCCCACUUGAGACAGACUGGAACAGCACUGAAAAGGCAAAGAAAGCUUUCCCAAACUCUGGUCCUUCCUCGAGCAAACUCCGACUAUCCCUAUGCAAGAUGAAAGAGGUUUUAAACGCCAUAUUUGACCCCAAAAGUGCCCUCCACGGUAAGGAGACUGCCGAACUCAGGAUCUGCACCACUGUGAUUAACCCCUGCACAUUGCUUUCCCUCUCUGGAUGUGUUUCAGGCACCUUUUUGACUGUGAAUCUCUUUGUCUCAGCUAUUUUCUGAAGGGUUUACCAGAUAGUUAUAGGGUGAAACCAGCACAGUGGGAACUGGGGCUGCUUGCUUUAUUUGCUUCCAGAACCAGCAGCUUACGGGUGGGGGAACUGCUCUGCCAAACACUGAGUUGCCAAAACGGGUGGUAAGCAAGCAAAACCACAGCCGUCCUUUGCUUCGCUAAGGUUUGAAAGUGUUAAUUAUUCAGAUGACCUGACCCUACCACUAGGUUGGACUAAGUAAAAACCCUGUCAUGAGAAUCUUGUGUCCCUUGACUGUAUCUAAUAUCGCUGCGAUACCUCAACCAUGUCUGAAAAUUGCUGUUAAAAAUAAAAUUCUGUUUGGAGAGGAAGCUGGUGCCGUUGCCUCGAGGUAACGUACGGCUGUUCUGCGACUGUGUAGUCCAGCCACGUCCCGGCUUUGUUUCCUGCACAACUCUGUGAUGCAGAAAUAAAAAUCAUUAUUUUAAAAAUAAAUCCUACUUUCAGGCAGCCCAGCUUGGCACAAAUACUCUUGUCUCUCUCCACAGAGGAGAAUUUUACCAUUUUCUUGCCAAUUAAGAACCCAUAACCCACUGA